CUCUGCUGUUGACGCUGGGUUGGUGAAGGUGGGCGCUGAGAGUCGUCGGCCGCAGUGUUCACACACACACAAUCACACACCCGCACGCCCACACUCAUUCCUGUAUACACGCCCUUACUCACGCCUGCACGCACCUUCAUACACACGUCCACACAAUCCCAUAAACAAUCCUCCAUACACGCCCAUACAUACGCCCCCCUCCCCCUCAUUCCAGACGCCCGCACACACGCCUGUACACACCGUAUAUGCCCCCGCGUGGACGCGCGUUUUGCGGUAUCGGAUGCGCUAGUUGAAAGGUGCUCAAAAGAAAAAUAAACCAAAAAUAUAAUCAGAGAAUAAAAAAAAAACUUAAUCAGAAACACAUUUCAGUUACGUCUUGCACUGGAUACCAACUGGAUGGGUGACCAGUCAUUAGGAGUUUUUAAGGGCAACAUGUUGUGGGAGGUGUGCCAGUGAGCACCAACUUUACUGCGGUCUUAAGUGGCCGCCAAUGACCAGAGUGGUGGCGGUUAAGUGGAGCAGCUGGGGAACACGACCAGUAGUGCCACUCAACACUGUGCAAGCUUGUACAUACCGCCUCCAACACCACUCAACAUAACUACCGAAGCGCUUGCACGGGUCGCCUGCAACACAUUUUUCUUUUUAAAUUUGUUUAGACACAACUGAGCUACAAUCCAAAUGAUGUAAAAGCUUUAAUCACAGAAGCCGCCCCCGAGAAGUUCAGAGAAAAGAGGAGCAGGAUCGGCACGAUGGAAAGCGACACCAUGGCUCUGGAGAUGGAGCUGAGGCACAAGCUCAGACUCAGCCUCAACGUAUCUCAAGAAGACCUCCUUAAAAUUAUGGAGGCCUUCAUGGAUAUGAAUGUCACCACCACCGCCAACACUACCCACCACUACUGCCAGUUUAACUUGCGGGACCGCUACAAGUGGCUACACUACCGCUUGGCUGUCUGCAUAGCUGUGACGGGUGCAAUCACCAACCUGCUAACAAUAAGCACGCUGACACGGCGCAACAUGACCACACCCACCAACCUCCUCCUGCUGGGGCUGGCAGUGGCUGAUCUGCUGGUUGAGGUUGAAUAUAUUCCCUAUGCCACCUCCUCGCUCCUAGGAGGUGACCAGCUCAUGGCAGCAAAGGAGCACGCGCUCUAUGUCCUCAUACACGCCCACCUCUCCCAUGUGUGUCACACGAUUGCAAUAUGGCUGACGGUAAGCCUGGCAGUAUGGCGGUGGGUAGCAGUGUGCCGGCCCCACGCGGCACCUAGCAUCUGUACUAUGGUCCAUGCCCGCAGGGUACUGCUUACAGUGUACUUGGCUUGCCCCGCCCUCGCCACGCCUACCUUUCUCAUGUACACCGUUAAGGAGUACCACAAUAAGGCCGGUGCCAAGGUCUUCCGGGUAGACUUCUCCACCUUGGCUCUUGCCCACGACGAACUGCUUAAGAAGAUCAACUUCCUGGUGUACAGUGUGUUGGUGAAGCUGGUGCCGUGCCUGCUACUGACAGUGUUGAUGCCAGCCAUUAUCAGGGGCAUGUGGGUAGCCAAGAGUCGCCGGCAGCGGCUGGUGUGUCGUCGACCGUCAGCGCCAGUCAGCACCACCAAUGGUGCCAACAACAACAGCGACCCCAGCGCCACCACCUCGGCGCGGCGGUUCUCGCGCUGUGGUGGUGGCAAAAAGAGUGCAGUCAAGAAAUCUCUCUCUCUCGCCGACGGCGUAGACCACAAGAAAACUCACAAAAAAGGAGAGGGUGCUACGGAGAGGACGACAAGCAUGUUGCUGGUGGUGAUGCUGCUUUUUCUGUUGACGGAGGCGCCGCAGGGCGUCCUCACCGGCCUCUCACUUGUCUACGGUCAUGACUUCUUCAGGUGGGUGCUGCUGCUAUACUAG